CCGCCGGGCAGCGCAGGAGCCGCGGCGCAGCGCGGCCAUGCCCGCCCCCAGCGCGCCCCGCCGCCUGGCAGCCGCCGCCCCCGCCGGCAAGGCCAAGCUCACCCACCCCGGCAAGGCUAUCCUGGCAGGUGGCCUGGCCGGAGGCAUCGAGAUCUGCAUCACAUUCCCCACCGAGUACGUGAAGACGCAGCUGCAGCUGGACGAGAAGGCGAACCCUCCCCGCUACAAGGGCAUCGGGGACUGCGUGAAGCAGACCGUCCGCGACCAUGGCAUCCGGGGGCUGUACCGGGGGCUCAGCUCGCUGGUGUACGGCUCCAUCCCCAAGGCUGCUGUCAGGUUCGGCAUGUUCGAGUUCCUCAGCAACCACAUGAGAGACGAGCAGGGGCGGCUGGACGGCACGAGGGGGCUGCUCUGCGGGCUGGGCGCCGGCGUGGCCGAGGCCGUGGUGGUCGUCUGCCCCAUGGAGACUGUGAAGGUGAAGUUUAUCCAUGACCAGACCUCCCCCAACCCCAAAUACCGUGGCUUCUUCCACGGCGUGCGGGAGAUCGUUCGGGAGCAGGGACUGAAAGGGACCUACCAGGGCUUAACUGCGACUGUCCUCAAGCAAGGAUCAAAUCAGGCCAUCCGCUUCUUCGUCAUGACAUCCCUCAAGAACUGGUACAAAGGGGAUGAUCCCAACAAGGUCAUCAAUCCAUUUGUCACGGGGGUGUUUGGAGCCCUUGCCGGAGCUGCAAGUGUCUUUGGCAACACCCCACUGGAUGUGGUGAAGACCAGGAUGCAGGGGCUGGAAGCGCACAAGUACAAGAGCACCUGGGACUGCACCUACCAGAUCAUGAAACACGAAGGGCCCCUGGCGUUUUACAAGGGCACAGUGCCUCGCCUGGGCCGUGUCUGCCUCGAUGUGGCCAUCGUCUUCAUCAUCUACGAUGAGGUGGUCAAAUUCCUCAACAAGGUGUGGAAAACGGACUGAGGGGGGCGGGCCGAGCUGCCCUCCCCCACCUCCCUCGCCCCGCGGGGCUGCAGCUGGAGAGCCAUGACCAAGCCCGCAGCUGCCUGCGGGCACUGCCCGGGGCCAGGUCUGCCCCACGCGCACGCCCUCUCCCCAGACCCAGCCACCUUAACCCUUAGGAACAGGCUCUGGAGCAGGUUAAAUUAUUAGUUGUGUUCUAAAAGGAGUGGGGAGGGAGCAGCACCUCGGCCUCCAGACCUCCAGCAUCUUGGUUGUGCCUGCCCCAAUCCUCUGGUGAUACUUCCCCCUGGGCCCACAUCACCUGUGAGUGCCAGUUAUCCAGGGUGAGGUGUCCCCUGGGAUGGUGGCCCUGUGCCCCUGGCAUCCCCCAGCAGCCAGGAACUGCCAGAUGUUUAGAGGCCGUCCAUUUUUGGCGGUGCCGAGUCCCCCCAGAGCCACGUGGGUGCCACUGCAGUUGGAGUCUCUUGGGGCUGCCAGCAGCAGCUGGAAGCGACGCACCAGGUCUCACAGUGCCUCUGAGGGGACCCACCAGCCCUACACCCCCUGGGAUGAGAAGGUAGUGACCCACUAGUGCAGCCCCAGGCUCCCUCCUUCCUGCCAACACCAAGCAGUGCUGGGGUGCAGCAUCCUGGCCCUUGAGUCCUCCUCAAGCCCAGGCUGCUGAGCAGUUGCUGCCCAGAAUUGCACACAGAGCCAGGCCUUUAGUUCUCGCCCUGGGCCGAGCUGGGUGCCUCCAUCACUUGAGUUUACAGUCAAGAUGUGUGUGUGAGCCGAGGUGAGAGGUGCAGCCCCGUGCCACAGACCUGGGCCCUCGGCUGGGGGUGCAGACCCCUUCUUCUGCCACAUUCCCUCCCCUCCCCCCGCCCUCUUGCCGCCUCUCUGCGGCCCUGUUGGUACCCCCGCAGCUUCCCGAGCUUCAUGCUGCUCCACUAACACCCGUGGCCGUGGGGCCAGAACCCUGCGCUGCCUUCUGCUGGGCUCAGCCCUGCCAGAUUUGUGCCAAACCUCUCAAAGUAGCCGAGGGGAGUGCGGGAGCUGGGGCUCGACCUGUCCCUUCCCCCUCCUGUUGCCAGCGAUGAACGAAGCCUUAACGCGGGAGGGCGGAGGAGGAGGAGAGCCUGGGCGCGGUUCACCUGCGGCUUUCUGCUCUGAAGCCAGCGAGGGUUGUUUUUUUUAUUGUUAUUCUGGUUUACAUUCGCAGUUUGAAUAAAAUGAGUCUGGCUUUA